AUGGCGGGGCUGGAGGUGGCAAAGCUGCUUGCAGAGCUGCUGAGAAAUCCUGGGAUGAGGGCACAGCCGGCUGGAACAGCAGGCCAAGCCCGGCAGCCUGCCCUGCGGCUGGACCGCAGCAAAGACCGCAGCGGCUGGUUCCCCUGUCAGCGAGGCAGAGGUGUAAAUCUUGAACGUGCAGAUUCGGGAGGUCCGGUCCUGGCUGCAGUCUCCCUCCUGAUCCAUAACCCCGGGCGCAGCCGGCUGGAUGUGGAUGUGGGAGCCCCGUCCAUGGGGACCGAUGAUGUUAUCUCUCAUGUGAGCCUGCCACGCUUCUGGGCCGAUCGAACACCGGUUCAUGAAGCGGCCAGGCGGGGAGAAAUCCUGCAGCUGCAGCAGCUGAUAGAGAGCGGAGCCUGCGUCAACGCGGUCACCUAUGACUCUAUCACCCCGUUGCACGAGGCGAGCCUGCGAGGGCAAACGCAGUGUGUCAAGCUCCUGCUGGCUGCAGGGGCCCAGGUGGAUGCCAGGAAUAUCGAUGGCAGCACGCCGCUCUGCGACGCCUGUGCCUCGGGUAGCAUAGAGUGUGUGAAAGUGCUGCUGUCCCACGGCGCCAAGGUGAACCCUCCCCUUUACACAGCGUCUCCUCUCCACGAAGCCUGCAUGAAUGGUAGCUCAGAGUGCGUGCAACUCCUCAUCGACGUCGGUGCAAACUUGGAGGCUCACGACUGCCAUUUCGGGACGCCCUUACACGUGGCCUGUGCCAGGGAGCAUCUGGACUGUGCAAAGUUGCUGCUCAAGGCAGGGGCAAACGUGAACGCGGCUAAACUUCAUGAGACAGCCCUCCACCACGCAGCAAAAGUGAAAAACGUAGAUCUGGUGGAGAUGCUGAUUGAAUUUGGAGGAAACAUUUACGCCAGGGACAACCGAGGAAAGAAGCCAUCGGAUUACACCUGGAGCAGCAGUCCCACAGCAAAGUGCUUUGAGUACUACGAAAAAACGCCUCUGAGUUUGUCGCAGCUUUGCAGAGUUACGGUGAGGAAAGCUGCCGGGCAGCGAGCACUGGAGAAGAUUGCCAAGCUAAAUAUUCCUCCGCGAUUAAUCCAGUACCUGUCCUACAACUGACAGUGGUGAAGGUGGCCGGGAAGGACGACAUCUUUAGCUCCCGCAGUAUGA